UAAACUGCUUUUUUUGGAGGUUUAUUAUGUUUCAAUAACUUAUAAAUGAAUUUAUUUCUGUUGUUUGUCCUUGAUGAGACUUGAACCAGGAUUCUCCAGACAAGCAGCUGACGCUCUUACCACUGAGCCACUGGAGCUUCUGAAGCCAUGUCCACCUUUUUUUUUGGACAUUUGUCUUUGACAAAUACUUAUAUAUACACACACAUAUACAUAUAUACACACACACACACAUACAUACACACACAUAUACAUAUAUAUACACACACAUACAUACAUAUACAUGCAUAUAUAUAUAUAUAUAUUGUAACUUUAAAGGGUUUAAACAGUUGAUUGAAUACUUAUAUAUUUAUACUUAUAAAGUGAUGAAAUUUUAAACAGUAUUUCUCAUUGUGUCUACACAUGAAGACACAAACAACACUGAAACAUUCAAUAGUUUUUGGGGGGUUGUCUCAAUAAUCAACCAAAAGAUUGACAUGAAAUCUAUAAAAGGAACAUUUCACAUCUCGUGUGUUCAAAUGUUUUCUUGAUUUCUUCAGGAUAAUUGUCAUUUAUUCAUGCUGAGGUUUGUGUUUAUGAGCUGAUGUUCACAGAUAUUAAACUCUCUUCAGCUCUCUAAUAUAAUCUUAUGAAAGACACACAACAGUAUCUUAUUAUGAGCUGAAUUUGAGUUUAUUAGAUUUAUUUGAAUUCAUUACAACUUUGAGUUCUUUAUUGUGUACAAGAGUCAUUAAAUAUGUAACGGCCUCAAACCAACCACAUCAUAGAGACACAACUUAUGUAUUAAACACAACACACAAUGUUAAGAGUUAAACAAAAUUAACAUAUUUGUAGAGAGGGUGUGGGUGUGAGAGAGGGAGAGAAUGGGUGUGGUGGAUGGAGUUUGUCUUGAUAAGUUGCUGUUGUUUCAGUUUGAAGUCAUUUGAGUUUGUUCUUCAUUUGAUGGUCAUCAUGAAUGUGCAGCGCCGCUCAGUGUUUAUACACAUCAUCAUCAUCUGCUUCUGUCUUCCAGGCUUGGAUGUGGGCUCAACGUCAACUUCAAACAUCUACGGUCCGCUGGACAUCACUCUGUGGGGUCCUGAUAUGGUGACUGUGGCUAUUCCUGCCAGUUUUUUCUGUUUCUCUCAGUGUUCUCCAGCGUGUCUUUACAGCAUCACAGCAGACGGCCGCAGCGCAGACACAGAUGAGAUCACCAUCAUCAUCAGAGAGAGACUGAACAUCACCACCGUCACCUGCACAGCAAAAAACAACAUCACAGGACACACAUCCACGACACAUAAGACUCUACAGGUUUUACAGGGUCCAGAGAAUGUGUCCAUCAGCGGCCCGGCGUAUCUACCCGUCGACCGCUCUCAGAGAUUCCUGUGUUCUGCCGUCUGCUGGCCGUCCUGUAAUUACAGCUGGACCUCUAAUGGACUUCCACGGUCUACAUCUGGAAACCAGCUGGUCGUAACUCCAUCUGCAGCCGUCGCUAUAGAAACGCUCGUCUGCAAGGCGACCAACAGCAAGUCGGGAAUCUUCGCCUCUGCUGUCCGGAAACUCUUUGUGACUGAUGGCCCGCUGUACACCAUCAUAAGAGGUCCAGACAGAAUCCAGCUUCAUUCCAGCACCAUGUUUGAGUGUCUGAGCAGGUGUAAACCCUCCUGUAACUACACCUGGACGGCAGAGAACCAAACUCAUCACAGCAAGAUAAUAGACGUGAGCGUUGAGUCCUGGAGAGAAUCACUGACGUUAACCUGCACGGCCACAAACAUCAUCACCAACUCCACUGAAGUGACACAGAAGACGCUCAGCGUGACAGAAAACACAGCUGCUCCUCUGAGGAUGAAUCUGAUGUCAGCGUUUGUCAUCGCUCUGAGUCUUCACUUCACCUGAAAAUGCUGGACUGUCAUUCAUUACACGAGUGCAGAA